GUUAGAUUUUUUUUUUUUUGGUUUUUUGCUUUUUUGGGGGGAAUAUGUCACAGCCUUUAGAUGAGAAUCACUUGCAUCAGUUCAUUGCGCCCACCACGCUCCUCUUCUACUUCAACGAGCUGUGGGAGCUAUGGAACACCUUUAGCUGCCACCUGAUUACGUACGUAGAGCGUGGUCGAGGUGAAUAUUUUGCGGGCUUCUGCAGUUUUCACUUUCGCUGGCACACGACAGAGCUGGCAGAAGGGGAAGAGGAGGAGGAGGAGGACGAAGUAGAGGAGGAGGAGGAGGAGCAGCUAGAGCAGCUUGACGAUCUCGACGACCAAUUGGAGUAUAGCGUGGACAACGAAAGCAGCCUCCAGCCCGAAGUGGAGCACGAUAUGGAGCAGAGGCAACAGAGCUUCUAUCGUUUGCUUCACAUGUCGCUCAUAUUCCGCGCCUCUCAUUUCAAUCAAAGUUGAGAUGGCCGGAAGAGCCAGAGGGAAAUGGAAAUUCUAUAUCGCUUUCGUCUCCAUGCAGAAAUUGUUAAAGACGUUGCAAUUCCACCUAUCUAUGUGUGUGAACGUCUAUGCAUGUGUGUGUGUGUGUCUGUGCCUUUGUCUGUGUGUGGCAUCUUGGCAAAGCUUCAACAGAACGUUUGGCAACGUGGCCAGCAAAUGAUAACCCGCCAUGCCAAUAGAAAGCCAGCCAACCAGCCAGACCGUCACGGCUCGCUGGCUUAAAUAAAAAUUGAAAAACGUGUAAUUGAAAUGCAAUGCAAUGUGAAAUGGUGUGCCAACUGCUGAAAUGCUCAGCCCCCACUCCCGGCCCCAGCCCAAAGGCAAUUGUAUUUUGUUAAAUUUCAAUAUGGUAACCAAAAUCUAUAAGCUCUCGAUAUACUAGAGAUGCUGUAAGUUCUUUGCGUUUCAACUAGUUGAAGAUUUUUCUUUUAAACUAAAUAAAUUCAUUUUAAUGAUA